AUGGCUGCACCUGGUUACUCUAGUAGCGAAAACUCUGCUCCAGCAUAUUCUGCCUCAGCGUCGGAUGGCGAACAUGUUCUAGAGUUUCAAUCACCACUAGUCGCCCGGCCAGUUAAUCUUCCAGACCGAUAUGUAUUUCAAUCGCAGCGCAUAAAGCUAGACCUGGGAGCACGGGUCUGGCCUACAGAUACCCCAUGUUUUGGGUAUACUGGUACUGUCAAGGGUGUGGUAUCUGUAGCGUCUCUUGAACAUGUCAAGUCCGUUGUUGUUGUGGUUGAAGGAGUAGUGACAACAAGCUAUAUGGAGCGAGGGGUUCUUGCUGGGCACUCAGAGUCCAUCUUGUUUCAGCGCUCCACUACACUAUACAAAAAGGGACCUAUUUUACCAGAUCUAGAGUCCGGUCUGGAUUAUCCGUUUUCAAUAGGGUUUCCUACUACCUGCGAUGGUAGGAUAGACCCCCUCCCACCUUCUUUCAAGUAUUCUUUUCCUGGGGUAUUGUUGAAGAUUCAAUAUCAUGUCCGCGUUGAAAUGCCAAGAUCAGGCCUGCGCCGAUGGGAGAAUAUCAUGGUUCCUAUCUUAUACCUCCCACGUUCUCAUGCACAUACAAGUCUUCAGGAACUUCCGUUGUAUACAGACAGGGUCGACCCUUCAGUCAUGACUCCAACUCAAGGUAUGAAGGAAAUCGACCUCCCUCCCAGAUCAGCCAAUAAAACGAGUAAACACAGCAAGCCCCUAAGUACUGGUGUUCAAGCCAAGAUUGCACUCCCUUUCCCCUUGAUUGUAGCGUCUGGCGACCCUAUACCCUUUGUCAUAACAAUUCACUCUCAAUCACAAGCAAUUGCAGUCCUUUAUACCAACAUCACACUCCAACUUUUUAAAGUCACGACAACUCAGGUACCUCAAGGCACUCUCUCUAAAGAAGAAGUUCUAGCCUCUGGAAAUGCAUAUGACCUGGAGCAACCAGGAAAUGGAGUUCAAGUUCUGCGUGGAGAGCUGGGAAGCGGGGUUCUGGGAGCUGAGCACUCCUGGUCAGUAGGGGAAAUGAUUCAAAUAAAGGUGAAUCCCGCCUCUAAAUGA